CACAAAGAAAAGAAACAAGUUAAAUAAAAAGAAUUUAAAGAAAGCGAAAGAAGGUACGCCGACCCGAACCCCAUAGCGACGACGUUCGCCGCGACGUCCCCCCUCUCUUCUCUUGGCUAAAUCUCCCGCCGCCGGUGCAGCUCGGUCGCUCCGUCGCUGGAGGCGCGAGAGGAAGGGGGAAAGAUGAAGACAACUAAGGGAGGGAAAGUCAUGAAUCCCACCGACGCCUUCCGCAAGGAGCAGCGCAGGAAGGAGCUUAAGCGGAACAAAAAAGAAAGAAAGAAGGUACGGGAGGUUGGCAUUUUGAAAAAGGACCCAGAUGCUAUAAAGGAUCAGAUUGAGAAAUUGGAAAAGAUGAAGGCUGAUGGUGCUCUGGAUAAGGCUAGGAAACAUAAGAAAAGACAGCUUGAGGAUACUUAUAAUCUUGUUGUGAAGAAAAGGAAGGAAUAUGAAGAAAAGAUGAAAGAAAAGGGUGAGCAACCAGUUAUGUUCAGCCAUCUUGGACCACCAAAGAGACGGCCUGCAGCAGACGAAGAUGACAGAGCUAAAAACCCUAUGCCUGAGGAUUCUGUUUACUAUCACCCAACCUUGAACCCAUCUGGGGCACCACCACCUGGCAAACCUCCUAUGUACAAAUCAUCGAUAGGACCAAGGAUUCCACUGCCUUCCUCAGUUGGUGCUGGGGCUUCAUCUUCCAUGACAGAAUCUGAAGAAGCAGGUCCUUCCACCAUGCCCCCUCCUCCACCGCCCCCUCCACUGCCAGCCAAUUCAGAACCUUCAGAUCUAUCUGUCCCUUCUUUACCUUUACCCCCACCACCGCCCCCACCCCCGCCUAAGCCUGCUGGCUCUGUAAUAGCACCAGGCUUACCGCUGCCACCUCCACCUCCUCCUCCUGGUGCACCUCCCAGAGAACCUGUGUUAGAUCAUAUAUUACUGCCACCACCUCCCCCUCCACAGCGGCCUUUGCAACAACCACCUCUACCUGGUACAAAUGAGCUGCUUAAUAAACAAAUUGUUGGAGAGGGUGCAAGCUCGGCAGAUUCUACACAGGCUCCAGUUGUGCUACCUCCACCUCCACCUCCCCCUAGGUUGCCACCGAACUCAAAUGAAAUGCAGGCUACUGACAAUACUGCUAUGGAUACUCCUGUUGUGAAAGAAGAUGCUAAAAUUCCAAGGUUCUUACCACCACCUCCACCGCAUCCAUCGCAGUUACUGCCUUUGCCUCCAAGGCCUCCAAUGAUGCCUCCAGUACAACCUGAUAUUCUAAGCCCAGGAAUGGUCAGAUUUCCUCCACCACCGUCACAACCAGAUUCAAGGCCACCAUUUAUUGCUCCUGGUGUUGCUGCCAGGCCCCCUCCACCUCCUCCAGCAUUACCUCCGGCUCAAAUGCCAAUGGCACCCUUUGGUGUACUUCCUGGUCCGUCAGCAAUGCUUAGGCCUCCAUUUUUUCCAGGACCCGAGUUUGCUGCUUUUGGCCCAAGGCCGCAGUUACCUCAGCAGCCAUCUUACGUCAAAUCGGCUGCUUCAACAGUUGUAAAGAGACCAUUAGCACAACAUACUCCUGAGCUAACAGCUAUGGUUCCUGCAUCAGUUCGAGUUAAGAGAGAAUCCGCUCUCCCUAAACCAAAACCAAAGGCGCAGCAGCAGCAGCAGCAGUCAUCAGCACCAUCAUAUUCUGCUCUGAAGCCUUCAGUAACCCCCAUAAAAUCUGCAGCCCAGCCUUCACCCUCAGCUUCUAAGCCACAAAGCAUUGAUGACUCCUACAUGGCAUUCCUGGAGGAUAUGAAGCAACUGGGUGCCCUCGAUGAGUAGCUCAGCACCCAGUCCCUUCUCCCUGAUGGCUGUCAGCAGCUUGGUCAUGAACCUGAACCUGAACAUGAUUCUGUUCUUUGCAUUGUGGCUUAUGAAUGGCUUUUCCUGCUAUGAUCUUAGAAACCGUUUCUGUUUUCCAUGAGCAAGCAUUUGAGAUGUAUUCCAGUUCGAAAUGGGGAGACAACUAUCAUCAACAAAUCUUUUCGUUGUUGUCAUUGUGCAACACAGCCGUAUCGAGUCAAACAAUGGAAGCAUUUGAUUCAAUUUUUUUUUAAA